AAGAAAACAACGCGGAAGUGACUUGAGAAGUUAAACGUGGUGACGCCACCGACAGAUUGACAUCUGGAAGGUUCCAGCAGCAGCUUGUUUUCUACUCCGAGCGACGCAGCGACACUUCGACGGAACCAGGAGCAGAACUCAGGGGAACAUGUCUGUGAUCUCCGAGGACCACGUUCGAGGCUCCAGCGUCUUCAAGGACAUCAGCGCCGACGACGACGACGGGCUGCCCGCCGAGAUCGAGAGUCUGUGUAUGAACUGCCACCAGAACGGCUCGACCCGCCUGCUGCUCACCAGGAUCCCCUUCUUCAAGGAGAUCAUCGUCAGCUCGUUCAGCUGCGACCACUGCAGCUGGUCCAACACGGAGAUCCAGUCCGCGGGCCGGAUCCAGGAGCAGGGCGUCUGUCACACGCUGCGGGUCCGGAGCAAGCAGGACCUGGACCGGGAGAUCGUGAGGGCGGACAGCGCGACCACCAGGAUCCCCGAGCUGGACUUUGAGAUCCCCCCCUUCACCCAGAAGGGAACCCUGUCCACCAUCGAGGGUCUUCUGGACCGGGCGGUCGCCGGGCUGGAACAGGACCAGCCCGGCAGACGAGACACUCAGCCCGAGGUGGCCGAGAAGAUAGAGGAGUUCAUCAGGAAGCUGAGGAAGUUGAAGGAAGUGGAGAGCGAGUUCACGCUGGUGAUCGAGGAUCCGGCCGGGAACAGCUUCGUGGAGAACCCGCGGGCCCCCCAGAAGGACGAGGCCCUCGCCGUGUCCCUGUUCAAGAGGACCAUGCAGCAGGACAUGCAGCUGGGCCUCCGGGCCGACGACGACCUGGAGGAGGAGGAGGAGAAGGAGCCGGCCGAGAACGACCUGGAGGCCAUGAGAGGGGAGGUUCUGGUCUUCAACACCAACUGCCCCGAGUGCAACGCGCCGGCCUCCACCAACAUGAAGCUGGUCCAGAUCCCUCACUUCAAGGAGGUCGUCAUCAUGGCCACCAACUGCGACGUCUGCAGCCACCGGACCAACGAGGUGAAGUCCGGCGGCGCCACGGAGGCGCUGGGCACCAAGAUCACCCUGCACAUCACGGACCCGUCCGACAUGACCCGGGACCUGCUCAAGUCCGAGACCUGCUCCGUCGCCAUCCCCGAGCUGGAGUUCGAGCUGGGCAUGGGGGCGGUGGGCGGGAAGUUCACCACGCUGGAGGGGCUGCUGACGGACAUCAAGGACCUGAUCGUCUCCAAGAACCCCUUCAUGUGCGGCGACAGCAGCACCACGGGCCGGGUGCAGAAGCUGAGCGAGUUCGGCGAGAAGAUUGACAAGGUGAUGUCCGCAGAGAUGGACGUCCACAUCGUCCUGGACGACCCGGCGGGGAACAGCUACCUGCAGAACGUGUUCGCCCCGGACCCCGACCCCGAGAUGACGGUGGAGAAGUACACCCGCACGUUCGAGCAGAACGACGACCUGGGCCUGAACGACAUGAGGACGGAGGGGUACGAGGAGGAGACCUCGACCGCCGGCAACUGAACGGACUGGACUCAGACCUGAUGAAUCCUGAGUCGUUGUGUUGAUUCGUAUGUUUGUGUCAUUUUAAGUUAAAGUUAAACCCUGAGUGGUCGUGCGAGGUUUGAAUCCUGAGGCACCGACAUGUACAGUGGAAAUAAUUAGUAUGAUAAUAACAGGGAUGCUGUUCUAAACCAGAAUCUGGUGUUUAGUGCAUUCUCUGUAACUCCCCAGCAGAUGGCGCUGGGUUACCGCUUUUCUUUUCUGUGGAACCCCCCCAGACACACACACACACACACACAGACACUCACACACACACAAUCACACUCACACUCACACUCACACUCACACACACUCACACUCACACACUCACUGUGUGAAUUUUGUUUCAUACACCUGCGAGGACAUGACAUCGUCUCAGUAAAGCCAGAUUGAUGAUUCAGUUCCGCUCUUUUGAUUUUCUGCUCUAAUCUGCAUAGUUACGUCUUCAGAACAGCCAGAAUUUUAAUUUCACCACAAACGGACUCGGUUGAAUCAAACACGAUGUGGAGGUUUAUUCACACGACAGUUUCUGUCACGUCGCUGUGAAUAAAAAAAACUUCAGCUGCUAACGCCUCAUUCUUUGCAAUUAUGAUUAGAGCCCGACCGACAUAUCGGUAUCAGCGCUUAUGUUUACCGAUAUUAAAUCUUCUAUUGUGCAGAAGAAACCAUGCGGAAAAAAAAGUGCAUUUAUGUUUUACAUUUGACUUAAAAUAAAGAUUUUUUCUUAAUUCAA